GUGGUUGCGAGGGGAGCGUUGGCGAGGGUGGAUUAGAGCGCUGUUGUGUGUAACUGGUGAAAGAACUUGCGUUAGUCGAUUGCCGUGUGUGCUUUGUUGUGUUUUCAGUUUACGUCUUGUCUUAUCAUUAUAAGUAGAACAUGAAUUAUCAGUGAUCAGUUAAAUCCAGCCCCGCGAGUGAUUAGCUUACUGAGGAGUGGAGGUAGAUGCCAGGUUUUGUAUCUUUGUUGUGAAAUAAACCAGCCACCAAGCUGGCUGGCAGUCCAGUUGUGUCGGGGGUCGAUGACCCCCGUACGAUGCUGGACUGGGAAGAGGGGGAUAGAUUUUCUUUCGAGGAUUCUGAUAGGUUCGAAGAGGAUUCACUGUGCAGUUGGAGCAGUGAACCCGAAUCUUUGUGCAACAAUUGGAGAGGAUGGAAGAGACCAACUUUAGGAUCUGGCACUUUUGGAUUGUUGAAGAGGACACCAGAAGAUGCUACUGGAUUCCAAGUGCCGCCAUUAGCUGAACUGUCGGCGAGAUGUGUCGCAGCACACAUACCUUUCGAGCUGGUGGAGCACGUUUUCCCGCCAGUACCCGAACAGCUGCAACUCCGCAUUGCCUUCUGGAGCUUCCCCGACAAUGAGGAGGACAUCCGGCUGUAUUCUUGCUUAGCAAAUGGCAGCGCCGACGAGUUCCAACGUGGCGAGAACCUGUUCAAGAAUCGUGCAGUUAAGGAACCCCUACAGAUAGGUUUUCAUUUGAGUGCGAGUGUGUGCCCACCCCAAAGUGUCGGGCAGGUCCGGGCGCAGUACAAUGUUGCAGUGACGUUUGACCGGAGGCGCAUCACUUCCUGCAACUGCACCUGCUCUUCCACUGCAUACUGGUGUUCGCACAUAGUGGCUGUGUGCCUCCACAGGAUACAUCUGCCCAAUCAAGUGUGCCUGCGGGCUCCUGUGAGUGAGUCAUUGUCACGGCUGCACAGGGACCAACUCCAGAAGUUUGCUCAGUAUCUCAUCAGCGAGCUGCCGCAGCAGAUACUCCCGACUGCGCAAAGGCUGCUGGAUGAGCUGCUGUCGUCACAACCAUCAGCCAUCAACAGUGUUUGUGGAGCUCCUGACCCUACUGCAGGCGCAUCAGCAAAUGACCAGACAUCGUGGUAUCUAGACGAGAAGACACUUCACGACAACAUCAAGAAGAUUCUCAUAAAAUUUUGUGUGCCAGCUCCAAUAGUAUUCAGUGACGUGAACUACUUGAGCACUACAGCUCCUCCGGCAGCAGCAGAAUGGAGCAGCCUGCUGCGGCCACUCAGAGGUCGCGAGCCCGAGGGGAUGUGGAACCUGCUGUCGAUUGUUCGGGAAAUGUUCAAGAGGAAUGACCGCAAUGCUAUCCCGUUGCUCGAAAUUAUAACUGAGGAGUGUGUUGCAUGUGAACAGAUUCUUGUGUGGUGGUUCAAUACAAAAGUAGCACUCCACAAUGGAAGUUCGGGGCACGGAGGAGGAAAACAUGGCAGUGUGAACAGUAAUAGUCACACAUCGCAGCAUGCAUGUUCUUCACUGUGCGAUGAGAUUGUCAUUCUCUGGAGGUUGGCAGCUCUCAACCCUGGGCUGUCUCCUGAAGAGAGGCAACUGCUUCAUGGACAGUUCUCCGACUGGCAUCUCAAAAUUAUUGAAAAGGUCACAAAGAGCCGUGGUGCUGCACUGGCAGGCCCACAAGGUCUGACAGGAAGUGGGCCAGGGACCCACAACAGAAAUGCCAACAGCUUCCGCAAUGAUGUGGAAAUAUUCUCUGGCUUCAAGCCAGCCAUUGAAGCAUGCUACCUGGAUUGGGAUGAUUACCCUCUGCCUGGCAUCACCUACCAGGGGGGCGUCAGCCUCUUCUACAGGUGUCCCUUUACGUGCUUCAGGCAUGCCGGAGACCAGUCUCGCUCUGACCAUGUUGUCAACCAGGUGAACUCCUCACAAGCGGUUUUGAAUUGUGAACAUCCAGCUCAGCCAUCACACCAUCACCAUCACCAUCACCAUCGACAUCACAACAACUUGAACCAGUUCCUCCCUGUCCCACAUACACGGCCACACGUGAACUGCCAUGGGGGCUCUCGCUCUUCCACGUGUCUGACUACUAUAGACUUCCCAUAUCGAGAGCGUAGGCGGCACCACUCUCGUCACGAUUUUGGUGGCCACAUUCCAAAUGUUGAUAUGGUGGUACGGUUUCAUCGUAUUGUACAUGGACUUGGGUCACCAGCAGAUGGUGAUGACACACGUGAUGGAAACCGUUCAAGUGUUAGUAGUGAAGGUUUCUGUGAAAAUGACCCGGAUGGUGACAUGCUGAUGGACAGCAGUGUGCUAAUGAGACCGGAACUCCGUAUGCCUGCAAUGUGUGGUGUCGGGGAUACAGACUCUCAGGAGGGAGGCAGCAGCGACUCUGCCAGCAGCAUCGGGAGUGGCGUGCAUGCAGCAGUAAGAGGUAUUCCUGUGGCUGGCAAUGAGGCAACUAGUCACAGAAUUUCAUCGCACCUCUUGCAAAGUGGUCACGAUUCAGUGUUUGACCUUCCCGACCUAGAUAUGGCACGUCACGCUACUGUUUCACCUCGCCGCGAUACUGCAGAUGCUGAUUCAGACACUUCUGCGGGUGGUAUUUCGCCCUCCGAAGACAUAGAAGGAUUGCGGAGGCCGUCCAAAGAUGGAUCAUUUUCUUCAUCAAAUUCCGACUCCCAGCAGUCUGGAGACGAGUAUAACCUUUAUUAUUACGAUCCUAAGGCUUUGACUGCUGGAUCGAGUAAUAAUGCAAAUGAAAAUUCCAAGUCUGCAGGGAAGAAUGAUCCUGUGGUACCUGCCUCAGUUUUUGCAAACUUGAGGAAGACUGAGGACCCCUGGGACAUCCUGUUUGCUAGAGCAGAGGGUCUACAUGCACACGGACACGGGAAAGAAGCCUGCACUCUAGGUGUGCGCCUCGCAGAGGAACUUCUCGCCAACCCUCCGGACCUCAUGAUCGAGUUGCCACCAAUGCCCACAAAAGGGAAGAGAAAGAAGCAACAAAUAAAUCCUGUGUCUCAUCAAAUAAGCUGUCUAGCAUCGGCUACACUAGCUAAGUGUGCCUUCCUGUGCACAGUACUGGCAGAAAAUCUGGAACAUUCCCACCUGGCAUUCAGGGUGGGUUUGUUUGGACUUGAAAUGGCUCGUCCACCAGCAAGCACUAAGCCCCUUGAAGUGAAACUAGCAAAUCAGGAGUCAGAAUUAGUAAGUCUCUUGAAGCGCAUCCCUUUAGGAGCUUGGGAACUUAAAAUUAUUCGGGAACGUGCAGAGCAACUAAAAGACGGAACAUUGCGAUCUCGUGGGGAAGCUCUGCUCCCAAUCAUGCUUGCCAGCUAUCUUUUUGAUGUGCUUGUCAUGCCAGGAGGACGGGAAGUGAGGUGUCAGUUGCAGAAUCAGUCACUGCGGUUGCCGACAGAUGAGACUCUGGGUUUUGAGGCUGCAGUUGCUGCUCUUGGCUUGAAAGCUAAUGUGUCGGAGGCUGACCACCCACUCCUCUGUGAGGGAACUCGAAGACAGAGAGGUGACCUUGCAAUUGCACUUCUGGUCCAUUACAAGGAUGAUCCAAACAAGAUUUCCAGAAUAAUGGACAAGCUUUUAGACAGGGAAGUUCAUCAGUUGGUAAAAACUACCAUCCAUGCGUCUUAUUAUUCAAACAAUCCACCUACCAGGAGUCAUUUGAGCAAGGUUUCGGGUCGAAGAAAAGAAGAACAGAGCUCAGCAGAACCUCCUCUAGGGGCAGUAGUCAAUUCUGUUGGGACAUCAUCAGAUGGGUUGCUUCCAGAUGUUGCUCCUGGCUGUUCUGGCAGUCGUCCACACAGUGCAACAAGUGCGGAGUUGGAGCAGGCAAUGUCGGGACUUUGCAUUAGUAGUCCUCCAAACCCCAUGCCACCACCUCGUACAAAGGAGUCGAGGUACAAGGGCAAGCGUGCAUAUCCGUCCGUCCCGAACCAGCCAUCUGAAGCUAGUGCCCACUUUAUGUUCGAACUAGCCAAGACAGUUUUGUUGAAGGCUGGUGGCAACAGCAGCACGUCACUCUUCACGCAGGCUUCCACGUCACAGAAUCAUCAUGGCCCACACCGUGUGUUGCAUAUAUGUGCAUUCCAGCUGGGUCUUUACGCACUUGGACUUCACAACUGUGUGUCGCCAAACUGGCUCAGCCGCACAUACUCUUCACAUGUCUCUUGGAUAACAGGUCAGGCCACAGAGAUUGGAGCACCAGCUAUUUCCUUCCUAAUAGACACAUGGGAAGGCCACCUUACACCACCAGAAGCAGUCAGUAUUGCUGACAGAGCUUCACGCGGUUGUGAUGCCAACAUAGUACGGGCAGCGGCUGAGCUUGCACUGUCCUGUUUGCCCCAUGCACAUGCACUCAACCCAAAUGAAAUACAGCGAGCUAUAUUGCAGUGCAAGGAGCAGAGCGAUCAGAUGCUUGAGCAGUCCUGUCUUACUGUUGAAAAUGCGGCAAAAGGUGGUGGUGUGUAUCCUGAAGUACUGUUUCAGGUUGCAAAGCACUGGUAUGAACUUUACAUGAAGCACUCCCCUGGCACAGGAGAUCAGCCUACUGAGGCCGAAGUGCAGCCAGAGCCCCUGCAGUUGGAUCCUAAAGGCCUGGUAGCCCUCGUAGAGGCGCAGCAUGCGGCUGCAGCCACCGCGACGGCAGUUGUUGUGACUACAGCUGUGCCCCCGCCCUACCCGGCUCCACCGCCUCAUCCCGUGACGACUCUGGCUCCGCUGCCGUAUGCCGCUGUCGCACCCUACGGGUUCGUUCACCACCACCGACACAACCACGCCCGCGCCCACACAUUCCACCCACGAGCGGUCGCCUUGCCACCUCCCCCACACUUGCAGAUGUAUCUCGCACAGCCUCCGGCAGCGGCCGCAGCUGCUGCUGCCUUCCAGCAGCACAGAGGAGCUGCUGCCACAGCACCACCUGGAGCUCCAACCCCUCUGCAGUACUAUGGUACUGCUGUAACACUGGCUCCGGCACCGACAACCGCCGGUGCCGUGGGUGUCCGUGUUGCUGUUACGGGCACUCCAGCAGCUCCGCACCACCAUGUAUAUUCGGCUGCCAUUCAGCAGGUAACCAAUGGCGGAGCAGCGGUGAUGGUAGCGAGUGCGCCACAGCACCAGCACCAGCCACAGCCGCUGCCACAUGCGCAGCAGCAACAGCAGCAGCAGGCGCAACACCAGCAACAGGCACAGCACCAACAGCAACAAGCGGCGCAGCCACCUGCCACCCAGGCGCAUGGCGUUCAGGUCCUGCUGGCCGGGGCCCCAACGCCAGCCGCAAUGGCGGUUGCUGCUGCGCCCCAACAGCCGCAGCAGCAGAUGCAGCUGCCACAGCAGCAGCCGGCCAUGAUGCCCGUGCAGCAAGUCGUCCGACCUGCACCGUCCCCAACGCAGCAGCCUCAGCAGGUUCACAGGCAACAACAGCAACAGCAGCAGCAGCAACAACAGCAACAGCAGCAGCAACAGCAGCAACAACAACAACAACAGCAACAGCAGCAACAACAGCAGCAGCAGCAACAGCCUCAACAACAGCCUCAGCAACAACAGUACUCACAGGUGCAGUUGCGCUACCUUUUGGCAGCAUACCGGGUGGGUAUGCUGGCGCUAGAAACACUAGCACGGCGAGUUCACGAUGACCGACCGCAAGCAAAGUAUGCUCGCAACCCUCCGUAUGGUGAGGAUGUCAAGUGGCUGCUUGGUAUUGCCAAGAAACUGGGAACACAAUACUUACACCAGUUUUGUAUAUGUGCCGUGAAUAGUAUUGUCAGUCCAUUUGUACUGCACGAUGUGGCCUUGGAGGCUGCACAUUAUCUUGCUCGUAACAACCCGAGCCUCAUAAUGCAGCAUUUACGUUCUGCACUUACUCCGCUUGUCCAGAAGUGCCAACAGAUGUAUAUUCAAUGCAUGCAUCAGAAACUUUAUCAUCUGACCGCAAGUGACUAUGAAGAUUUUGUUAAUAUUGUUUGCUCUGCAAGAGCUGCAUUCCAGAUUACACCUGAUGGCAAUACUCAGUUUAAAGAGUGGUUGCAGUCAAUACGAAGGUCUAAAUCUUGUAAGAAAGACCUGUGGGCACAGAUCAAUGCUGCAUUGCAAGCCAACAGCAAAUGACAAAGGCCAGACCUAGGUGCCCACUAUUCUUCUAGCAGCAGUCCCAGGAGUGGAAGCCCACAGUGUUCUGCCGUACUGCAGCUUGAGGCGUCCCCUCGGGACAUGUUUCCCUCUGUGAUUUCAAAUGCCACUCUCACUCAGGAUGUAAAUGGUAAUGCUACCAUUAUUACGGGCACUGGUGGUGCUUUGCAUCGAUUCCCUGGUAUGGGAAUCACACUCACCGUGGGAGAAGGGUUUGCAGUGCGGUGGGAUAAUGGGCGUUUCUGUGUUACCGAGAAUGGGACACCGAGAGAACGGCAAAUCUUGUGGAAUGAGGAAUGUGGCAGAUAAUUGUGUAAAAGUCUGUACUAGUUGAUUUUCUAGUUGCUCUUUGAACAAAUUUGCCAAUUCUUUGGACAAAUGUGCAGUUCCUUUCCUUUCUUGUAAUUUCUUUUUACAAACUGCGAUGUAACUGUGUAGAAAUCAUGUUGAAUGAUUUAGUGAUUAAUUUUUAUCUCUUUUGUAGCUGUGUGUGGAGACAAAAGAUAAAGAGAAAUGUCUGACUUUUUGAAGUCAUUAAGGAAAGCUUUUCAGUAGUGAAGUUUUGUGGUGUCGUGCAUGUAUAUGAUAUAAUACAACCUAAUUUUGUUGAGCUAAGAAAUUAAAAUCAUAUUGUGUUUUUUUUCUUUUUUUCAUUGUGUGUUCUCUCUUCAUUAGACUUAACUGUAAUUUCUACAUUAAGAAUUCAUUUCAGUCUUUGCAUUAGGACACUGUCAAUUAAGAACUCAGUACUUUAGUGAAAAUUACAUUUGAAUUUAUUUCUGGAAUUUGUGUGUUAAUUGAUACCACGUGAGAAUUUCUCAGCCUUACAGAACUGUUUCCUUCUCAUUCUCCAUUCAUUCCUUUUCCUCCUCUUUCCCUUUUCCAUGUGCACUUUCGUGAAAUGUUAUCCCCCCUCCCCCAAGUCUUUGUUGUUCCUGGCAGUUGUGUUCAGACUCAUUCACUCUCAGUAAAUAAUGGGAAGUUCAUAUUUCAUUUGUAAGUGUUCA